GAUUUCUAACUCACCAAGAAGAAGACGACGUUAUAUCCAAAAAAGCCGAAAGAACAACAGGUGUGUUUCUGUUGUCGACGAAUCGGACGUGUUGAACCUGAAGACUGAAAAAUGUUUGUCCAGAAAGCUGUAAAAACCUGUCUGUCUGGAUUACGAAAUGUUUCGCGCAGUGGACAAGCGCUUUCAACCGCCAAUGGCAGAAUGCAACACAGCCAGCCCCAGCCUGGGGAGCCCGCGGCCCCCUCUCGCCCCGAGACGUCCAGCGCCAAGACGCUGAUGGACAUCGGCACGCGCAGGAUCUUCUCCGAGGACCACGACCUCUUCAGACAGAGCGUGCGACGCUUCUUCCAAGAGGAAGUGGUGCCCUACCACAAAGAGUGGGAGAAGGCAGGCCAGGUGAGCAGGGAGCUGUGGGAGAAGGCUGGGGAGCAGGGGCUGCUGGGUGUGUACACCCCGGAGGAGCACGGGGGGAUCGGAGGAGACCUGCUGUCAGCCGCCGUGGUGUGGGAGGAGCAGAUGUAUUCUAACUGCUCUGGCCCUGGCUUCGCUCUGCAUUCUGAGAUCGUCAUGCCCUACAUCAGUAACUAUGGCAGCAAGGCGCAGAUUGAUCGCUUCAUACCCACGAUGGCUGCUGGGAAAUGCAUCGGCGCCAUCGCCAUGACAGAGCCAGGCGCUGGCAGCGAUCUGCAGGGCGUCAGGACCAACGCCAAGCAGGACGGCAGUGACUGGAUCCUAAACGGAAACAAGGUGUUCAUCACCAACGGCUGGAUGAGCGACGUGGUGAUCGUGGUGGCGGUGACGGACCGCGAGGCUCGCACGGCCGCCCACGGCAUCAGCCUGUUCCUGGUGGAGGAGGGCAUGAAGGGCUUCCAGAAGGGACGCAAGCUGGAGAAGAUCGGCCUCAAGGCCCAGGACACGGCAGAGCUGUUCUUCGAGGAUGUUCGUCUCCCUGCCGACGCCCUCCUGGGGAAGGUCAACAAGGGCUUCUACUACCUGAUGAACGAGCUGCCUCAGGAGCGCCUGCUGAUCGCUGACAUGGGCAUGGCCAGCUCUGAGUUCAUGUUUGAGGAGACCAGGAACUACGUCAUGCAGCGCAAGGCUUUCGGCAAGACCAUUGCCCACCUGCAGACCGUGCAGCACAAGCUGGCCGAGCUGAAGACCGACAUCUGCGUGGGUCGGGCCUUUGUCGACAGCUGCCUUCAGCUUCACGCCGAGAAACGCCUGGACUCCAACACCGCCUCCAUGGCCAAAUACUGGGCGUCCGACCUGCAGAACAAGGUGGCCACUGAGUGUCUUCAGCUGCACGGAGGGUGGGGCUACAUGUGGGAGUACCCAAUCGCCAAGGCAUUUGUGGACUCUCGUAUCCAGCCCAUCUAUGGAGGCACCAAUGAGAUCAUGAAGGAGCUGAUUGCUCGCAAUAUCGUGAGCCAGAAGUGAGAGAGCAGCCAGUCCUCCAGUCCUGGAGCCCAGCAGAGCCAUACGUCCUGGUACUGGUCCCAGCACAGGGUCCAGGGGCCUUGCCCACUCCUGCCUUUAAGUACUGACUGCCUACAGAAGACUACUGAUGGCACUGUGUCCUGUCCUGAUUGAACUUUUAGAUGUGAUUUGCCUCUCCUCUAAUGUCUAGAAUUGACAGUUUUGACAUCACUCAAACUGCCGAGAGAAAUAGAAUUAAAGCACUUGGGAUUGUAUGUUUUCCUGAUCAAGCCAGCUAAGUAUUUGUCUUCCUUGCAUUGUAUAUAUCUUUGUAUAGUUCUAUAAAUUAUUAUAUAAUCAGAGUGCCUUAACCUACAAUUUGAAGUACAGAUACAUUUAUCCAUUUUGAGAUAUUGUCAUACCAGACUGUACUAAAAUAACGUGGUUCACUCUUGGCUGGGUUUCUUUGUAUCUUGUCUCAAUAACGCAUUUUAUUAAACAUUUACUAAAGCUU